CGAUUGAUCUGGCGCGUUUGAGCGAUCGUCCAGACGACAUGCGCAAGACGUUACCGCGACGCUAAAUCGCAGCGCCCUUUAUCCGGCAACAAAUAAUGUUUACAAAUUUAACGACUCGCGCAUUUAAACGUAUGAUUAUAAAAGCAGAAUGGAUAAGCCUGACAAUAACAAUGGUCAUCGUCGUCAUCGUUUACCCCGGGGCGUCCUACCUCGCUAACAUAACGUUUAAUCGCACCUCUCACGAUGACAUCGACGACUUUGUUCCAUAUCAGGGCGAAAAGUUCAAUGACUUCGAUUGGAAGCUCUUGAAGAGUGUGGCAAAGAGUCAUCAUGGCAACGUGCUCGUAUCGCCAAUAUCCUUGAAACUGAGCCUAAUUCUACUUUACGAGGGGGCCCAAGACACCACGGCUAAGGAAUUGGCAGCUGCAAUGAAUCUACCAGCCCUCAGAUUUCCAACGCGCGAUAAGUUUUCCAAACUAUUGCUAUCGCUUCAGGAGAGAAACCCCGAAUACGAACUCGAUAUUGGAACUUCUAUAUAUAUGGACAAAAGUAUUUUAGCGCGACAGCGAUAUGCAUCUAUCGUGAAGUCAUUCUAUAAUGUCGACAUUAUCAAUACAAACUUCUCGGACACUCCUUUAUCGGCGAAGAUGAUAAACAAUUUUGUAAAUAAUGUAACUAAAGGACAUAUUAGUAGCCUGAUUAGUAAUGAUGCUGUUUUGGACGACAAUUUAAUGUUCAUAGUAAGUGCAUUGUAUUUUCAAGGAUCGUGGCAUCGUCAACCAUUUUCCAUUGAAAAUACGAUAAUUGGAUCAUUUUUAAUGUCCGCUCUUCAAACGCCCUUCAUGCAAACGAAUCACAGAUUUUAUUUUGCUUACAUCGCUGAAUUAGAUUCUAAAAUUCUCCGUCUACCUUAUGCGGGUCAUAAAUAUGCGAUGUACAUAAUCCUGCCACGACUCCCGGGGCAAGUGGAUGAUGUCUUGCAGAGAAUUACACCAUCUUCGGUCAAUAGUUAUGCAUGGAUUAUGCAAGAAGUGCCGGUAGACAUAUUAAUUCCGAAAUUCAAAUUCGACUUCACCAGCCACCUGGAGAACACUCUUCGACAGUUGGGCAUCCGUGACAUAUUCGAGGACACGGCAACACUGAUCGGUAUUCUUCAUUCGAAAUCCACAUCGAGGCGAUUAGUCGUUACCGAUAUCGUACAAAAAGCUGGAAUCGAAGUCAACGAACGUGGUACAACUGCCUACACCGCUACAGAAAUUGAAAUUGGAAACAAAAUAAACGGCGAAACCUUCUACGCAAAUCACCCGUUUCUGUUUUACAUCGAGGACGAGAUCAGCGGCACUAUCCUGUACAUGGGCGUCGUAAAUAAUCCCCAGGAGGAAACCGGAAUGGUCGAAGCGACGGAGCCUCGGGGAGCGCCAAAGUCGUUCGCACAAAUGCCACCGAAUUUCAAGGAACAAGCGGCCGAAAGUCCUGUCCCUGGUUAUAUGGAUGCGCAUGCAGAUGUGGCCAGAGUAGGAAUUGGGAUAAACGAUCGGCAAAAUUAUUUCAACAUCGAAUUGUUACAAAAACUGGCCCAAAUCCAGCGGGGCAAUGUAAUUGUGGGCACGGGCAGCGUAAAGACAGCUUUAAUGAUUCUUGCUGAGGCAGCUGCGGGUCAAACGCGCGAGCAAUUUGAAUCUACACUGCGAUUAUCCUCCAAUCCUGAUGAACAAAGGAGCAUAUUUGGUUAUACCAUCGAUCCCUACAAGGACGCGACGAAUAAUAUUGAAUUGAAGAACGCGAUCAAGUUAUGGUUAGCAACGGACGUAAGACUAUUAAAAAAUUAUAGCGAUAUUUUGCAUUACUUUUACAAAGGAGAGAUCCAAUCGGUCAACUUCAAUAACAUUGGCGAAACAAUAAAAAUCAUAAACGAAUGGGCAGCCCAGCAGACGCACGGCCACAUAAAUUCAAUUAUCGACGAAGGUUUCUUUUCAACUAACACAAGAAUCAUAUUAACAACGGCAGUAUACUUUAAGGGCGUCUGGCUUCAAGCUUUCGACAAGACGGCGACGAGUCUAAGAUGCUUCCACGUAGCCGCGGUCGGCUGCAAGAAAGUACCUUUGAUGGAAAACAUUGCCGAGUACAAGUAUGCCUAUGUGCCCAGCAUUGACGCUCAAGUCGUCCAAAUUCCUUACAAGGCUAACGAAGCAUCUAUGUUGAUCCUUCUACCGAUGCACAACGGGGAGCGAGCACUCGAUGAUUUAACCCGAAAUUUAGCCUUUACUCCGAUAUCGGCAAUUUUGGCGAGCCUUUACGAUACAGAACUCUUGUUGCAAAUUCCACGAUUCAGCAUAAUAAAUAAAGUCGAUUUACGCGAAUCUCUCGAGCAGCUUGGAAUCCGAGAUUUGUUCCAGAAGAAUGCCAAUCUCACAAUGGCAUUUCCGGCCAAUACCGUAAAGGUUAACGCAGUUAUACAUAAUGCAAGGAUUGAUGUGAACGAGGAGGGAACUGUUGCAUCGGCCAUCACUGGUGUUUCUGUGAUACCGCUAAUGGGAUCGACAACGAUGACUUUCCGUGCCGACAAGCCAUUCAUCUUCUUCCUUUUGGACAACCAAACAAACAAUAUUUUAUUUGCAGGACGAUUUACUCAACCCGACGACUAAAUGCCUCACAAUGAAAUUAAAGGGUAAUGGAGUUAAUGAUAUUUUUGAUUGAAUUAAUGAAAUACAGCCAAA